AUGCCGGUGGCCGUGGGUCCUUAUGGGCAGUCCCAGCCAAGCUGCUUCGACUGCGUGAAGAUGGGUUUUGUGGUGGGUUGCGCCGUGGGCAAGGCGGUCGGGGUGCUCCUCAGCACCUUUUCCUGUCUCAGGAUCAGAAUGCGGCGUCGGAAGCUGAUGGGCGGCAUUGGAAAAACCAUGAUGCAGAGUGGUGGCACUUUUGGCACAUUCAUGGCGAUUGGGAUGGGCAUCCGAUGCUAA